UUAUUCAAUAAUUUACAUUAUUAUAGUAUAUCAAGAAGAGAAAAAACAGUGGAACUAAGCUCCAAAUUCUUAGGUAAAAAAAAAUCAAGAAGAAAUGGAGCUUUAAAACACUUCAAGAUAAUAAUUUUUUGCUUCAAUGGAGUGUUUUUCCUCAACCCCAUCUUCUUUUUCCUCACCAAGAUGGUUUUCCAAAGCUAACCCUUCUUUUCUUGGACUGAAAUUUAACAGUAAACUUAGUUUGAAUAGGAAAUGUAGAAGCUUUAACAAAGAUGGAAGUAGGUGUUUGAGUAUGAGCCAUAAAGCAAAUGAAAGCUCUGAUUUUUCUUACAAGAAGUUGAUUCAUUUUGCUUUAGAAGAAACCAACACACAUACCCCUUUGGCUCUUUCUCCAUUGCAGGAGAAAUACAGUUCUUUGUUCGCCAUGGAUGAAAAAACGGAGCUACAGAUGCUUUCUUUUGAAGCCCCUAAAAUUCGACUCCUUCGCAGUCUAUCUAUUGAAGGGAGCGACGGCAUGCAGGUAUUGGAUUUUGCUGCAUUCCCAAAACCAGAAUUUGAUCUGCCUAUCUUCUGUGCCAACUUUUUCACUACUGCUAAGAUGAACAUAAUUGUACUGGACCUCAACCCAUUGCAUGACAUCAUGGAUCAAGAAGAUUACAAGGACAAGUACUAUAAAGACUUGAUUCCUCUAGGCCUCAAGUAUUCUGAGCUUUUACCCUGGGGUGGGAAGCUCACCAGCGAGUCUCUGAGAUUUUUUUCACCAAUAGUCAUAUGGACAAGAUUCUCAUCUAGUCCACACAACCAUUCAGUUUUGUUUUCUGCAUUCAGGGAUUAUUACCAGGCAUGGGUUGAGCUAAUGGACAGAUCAGAUGAGGAGACGGAUGCCUCUCAAAUUGCUCGCAAUUGUGAAGCUCAGCAUAGAUACUUGACAUGGAGAUCAGAAAAAGAUCCAGGACAUGGAGUUUUGAAAAGACUGACAGGGGAAGAUCUUGCCAAGGAUGUGAUUAAGAAAUUCCUAUUCAAUGGUGUUAAUGAACUUGGGAACAAAACAUUUCUUGAUUACUUUCCAGAGUACAGAUGUGAAGAUGAUAAAGUAAAUGAAAAGCGCAGCAUGAUUGGAAAAUCAUUCGAAAAUCGACCAUGGAAUGCAAGAGGAGAAUUCAUAGGUGAUAGAGUUGAGAUAUUCUGAUGUAAUUACAACUUCUAUUUUUCUUUACAUCAUCACUUGUCAAUUAGCCGAUCCCAGCUUGUUUGAGAUUGAGUAAUAGUAGCAGCCGUUGUUGUUGUAGUUGUAGUAGUAGUAGUCUCUGUCGAUGUCAAUCUUGACAGUUGGAUGCAGGAGAAUUCAUGUGUGAUAAGGUUGGAUCAACAAUAACAUACCCGGUUUAAUUCCACAAGUAGGAUUUGGAGAGUAUUGUGAAUUCAGACCUUAUCCCUACCUUGUGAAGGUAGCGAUGUUGUUUCCGAUACCCAGUGUAAUAUGUUGUACUUUCACAAGUUCUCUUUAUUCUUCUACUACAUCAUCAAUGAUGAGGGUAUAUUCUCAACAGUUUAAAAACA